AUGCAAGUGAGCCGAAAGUUAAGUCGGUUUCCUCUUGAAGACAGAGACAAGAGACUGCUCCAGCAAAUUAAUAAGGACACAUCACUCAACGAUGUCAACAACAGGUCAGGUGAUCAAAUGCAAAGCAGCUGUUGCAUGGGAGCCUGGGAAGCCUCUGUCCAUUGAGAAUGUGGAGGUGGCCCCACCCAAGGCCCAUGAAGUCCGCAUCAAGGUUGUUGCUGCGGGCGUGUGUCACACAGACUGGGAAUACCUGCAUCAGACUGGAAAAGGGCUGAAGUUUAGACCAUUCCCGUUAGUUCUCGGCCACGAAGCGGCGGGGAUAGUGGAGAGCGUCGGCCCCGAAGUCACCAACUUCUCACCGGGUGACAAAGUCAUUCCUCUUUUUCUGCCACAGUGUGGGGAAUGUGAACAAUGUCAGGGCCUUAAAAGGAAUCAGUGCAGGAAGAACUGGGCGAACGCACAAGUGGGUGUAUUGGCUGAUGGCACAAGCAGGAUAUCUUUUAAGGGCCAACAGGUGUACCAGUACCUUGGGAUCAGUUCUUUCUGCCAGUACACUGUGGUUCCCGAUAUCUGUCUUGCAAAACUAAGAAGUGACGCACCGCUCGACAAAGUGUGUCUACUCGGCUGGGAUGUCUCCACCGGUUAUGGUGCUGCUGUUAAUGCAUGCAAGGUGGAAAAAGAUUCAUCGUGUGCUGUGUUUGGGCUCGGAGCUGUCGGACUGGCAGCCGUCAUGGGCUGCCAGGCUGCUGAGGCAAAAAGGAUCAUCGCGGUCGACAUCAACCCCGACAAGUUUGAGAAAGCCCGAAUGCUCGGAGCCACUGACUGUGUCAACCCCAACGAUUAUAUCAAGCCCAUCCAGCAGGUUCUGGUGGAUUUGACAGACGGAGGGGUGGACUACGCUCUAGAGUGUAAUGGAAAGCCAGUUUUUACGACAACAGGUUCUUUAUGCUCUCUGAGUGCUGCGCUGGAGUCCACGACAGACGGCUGGGGCACCUGUGUCAUUGUCGGGGAGAAUGAGACGGAAGCAAUGAGCGUCACGGUUGAAAAGAUCCUGAUGGGACGCACCUUGAAGGGGACCUAUUUUGGAGAUUGGAACAGUGUGGCGGAUGUGCCGACACUGGUGGACGACUACAUGAACAAGCUGAAGCUGGAUGAGUUCAUCGACCACAACCUCCAGCUGGACCAAAUCAAUACGGCCUUCGAGUACAUGACGAGUGGGGAAAGCAUCCGUACUGUAAUCAGUCUGUGCGAGGCGACACCUACAGGGGAUACCGUACAAGGAAGCCAGUGCAAAGACCUCAGAACUGGAGUGAUGUGA